AUGAAGGUCUUCUACAGCGUUAUUGUGGGCGUCCUUCUAUUGUUCAUGUUCCAUGACGGGGCCGCGAACGGAGUCAACCUCUACGGGGCCGGCACCUCGAGUGCCCAGCCCGUCUACGAUGCCUGGGUCAAGAGCUACCUCUUCACCAGGGACGAUGUCAGCAUCACCUACGGCUCGGUGGGCACCAACCCGGCCUUGACGGCCUACACCAACGGCGAAGCGGACUUCAUCAGCUUGGACCGAGCCAUCCCCGCAGCCCAGGCGGCCACCUACGGCGACCUUGCCCAGUUCCCCCUCGUGGGCCAGGCCCUCGUGAUGGGCUACAACGUCCCCGAGCUGCCGAACAACACCCACCUGGUUCUGGACCGGCACGCCCUCGGGCUGAUCUACUGCGGCGCCAUCCGGUACUGGGACGAUGCGGCCAUCAAGGCGCCCAACACGGACGCCGUCAAGGCUCUGCUCCCGCACCAGCCCAUCCUGGUGGGCUAUUCGGACAACGCCGGCAUCAGCGUACCGGCCGUCUUCAAGGGCGCCCUCUCCAGCUUCAGCCAAGAAUUCGCAGACGCCCUGGCCGCGGCCAACGACACCUUCGCCCUCAUGUUCCCCGACAACACCACCGGGCAAGCGGCCGGUUCGAGCGGUUCUGCGCGUGUGACCUGGGUUAAGAACAACACCUACUCGAUCACGUUUGUCAACUACUACGACGCCGUGAACUACAGUCUCCCCUACGCCCACAUGGUCAACCAGGCCGGCACCACUGUGGCGCCCACGACGGAGUCCGUGCAGUCGGCCAUGGCUGACUACAUCACCGAGCUGGCGGAAAACAACUUCGCAAUCGACAUCUUUGACGGCAAUGGAACCGACAGCUGGCCCAUGCCGUACAUGUCCUUCUUCUCCAUGAACCGCAACGUCACCACCUUCGACUGCACCAACAUCCUCGAACUGCUCAACUUCGUCGCCUGGGUGCACACCAACGAUGCGGCGUCGCAGGUGAUGAUCGACCUCAACUUCGUGCCGCUCGACGUCACCUACCGCAAGAAGUUGAUCGACCUACUUGCGACUGUCCGGUGCAACGGCGCGCAGGCCUACACGACCAACUUCCUCCUGGGCUCGGGUCCCUCGCUCCCGCUCUACACCUCGUUCGCCGUCGCCCGUAGCUCGACCACGACCAAGCUCAAGUUCUACCAGACCACCGCCAACGCCGCCAAGCAGCAGCUGAUCACCUACGACUCCGACUUCGGCGCCACCAACAACGGUCUGUCUUCGUCCUGGGUCAGCCAGAUGCGCGACGCCGCGCUCCUCCCCGUCACCGUGUUCGCCAUCGUUCCCGGAUACAACGUGCCGGAGCUGAAAGGCUUGGAUCUGGUGCUGGACUAUGAAACGAUUGCUGCCAUCUAUUUGGGCAACAUAUCGAUGUGGGACGAUGACCGCAUCAAGGCCCUCAACUCGGAGGAGGUCGUGAACAAUCUGCCCAGCCAGCCGAUUCUGGUGGCCACCCAGAACAUCAGCUCGACCCUCACCCAGCUGUUCGUGUCCGUGCUGCGGGCCAACGUCCCCGGAUUCAGCGACUUCGUGAGCAGCUCCACCAACCCGAGCUUCCCGGUCCAGUCGACCAACCGGUCGCUCGUCACAACCGCCGCGGACGGUGUGAUGCCGCUCCUCAACGCCAACUCCUAUUCGUUUGCCUUCUGGCAGCUCUACGACAUCUCCCUGACGCGCACGACCCAAGCCGCGGCGCUGAGCGUCAAUAACAAGACGGUGGCGGCCUCGGACGACACAGUGAAGAACGCGCUGGAGGAGUAUCUGGCCAGCGGCUCCUUGGACAGUCUCCCCUUUAACGCGCUCACCUCUGUGACGGGCGAGAGCAGCUGGCCCAUUUCGACCUUCGGCUCGUUCAUCUACCGCCAGUCGACGAUGCAGGACUGCAGCAAGGCCGAGGCCCUGUCCAGCUUCUUCGUCUGGGCGCUCAACAACACCGCGUCCCAGCAGAUCGCCGAACGCCAGGGCUUCGUGCUGACCUCGUCGUCGCGGACCCUGAUGAAGCGGUUCUGGAACCUGCAGAAGAAUUUCACCUGCGAGGGCGUGGCGGUGAGCUCCUACUACAACUGCAUCAUCGGCGGCACGGUGUGCUCCGACGCCGGCCUCUGCGUCGCCAACGAGUGCGUGUGCAAUGCCGACAAGACCGGAAAGUACUGCGAGACCGACAUCUCGUCAUCCAGCUCGGACUCGACAGUCAUCGUCCUUGCUGUGAUCAUUCCGGUUGUGGCGGUCAUCUUGUGUCUGCUGCUGGCCUUCAUCGUCGGCCUCAUCGUGUGUCUCAAGCGGAAGAGCAACUCUAACGACGACUGGGAGAUCAACUACGACGAGCUCGAGGUCGGCGAACAGCUGGGCGCCGGCGGCUUCGGCGAGGUCAACAAGGCCGUGUGGAAGGGCACCGAGGUCGCCGUCAAGGUCAUGGCUUCGGAAAAGUUCACCAAGGAGAUGGAAAAGAACUUCAAGGACGAGGUGCGCGUGAUGACGGCGUUGAGGCAUCCCAACGUGGUGCUGUUCAUGGCCGCGUCGACCAAGGCUCCCAAGAUGUGCAUCGUCAUGGAGUACAUGGCCCUCGGCUCCUUGUUCGACUUGCUGCACAAUGAGCUCAUUCCGGACAUUCCAUUCGCGCUGAAGGCCAAGAUGGCGUACCAAGGCUCGAAGGGCAUGCACUUCCUGCACUCGUCGGGCAUCGUGCACCGCGACCUCAAAUCGCUCAACCUGCUGCUCGACUCCAAGUGGAACGUCAAGGUCUCCGACUUUGGUCUCACCAAGUUCAAGGAGGACAUGAAGAAGGGCGGCACCAAGGACAUCGCCGGCAGCGUCCACUGGACGGCGCCCGAGAUCCUCAACGAGGUGACCGAUGUGGACUUCAUUCUCGCCGACGUGUACUCCUUUGGCGUCAUCCUCUGGGAGCUCCUCACCCGCGAGCAGCCCUACUUUGGCAUGAGUCCCGCGGCUGUGGCGGUGGCAGUGAUCAGGGACGGGAUUCGGCCCAAGAUGCCCGAUUCGGGCAGCUGCCCGGUCGAGUACGAGGAGCUGAUCGUCAACUGCUGGCACUCGGACCCGACGAUCAGGCCGACGUUCCUCGAGAUCAUGACCCGCCUCAGCUCGAUGAACGGUGACACCACCGGCAACAGCGCGACCUACACCUCCAAGACCGGGUCGUCCUCGUCGGGCAACUCGGGGCCGAAGCCCAACAUCUACGGCUCGUGGACCAUGCCCUCCAACACGAGCGGCUCCACGUCGGGCAACUCGUCCAACAAGUCCGGCUCGUCGAACAACUCCAAGAACAUGUCCGCCAACCAGGCCGCGGCGGCGGCCGGCGGCAUCCGCGCGCCCGAGGGCGAGGUGACUAUCGUGUUCACCGACAUCACGCGCGCCGCGUCGCUCUGGGAGUUCAACCCAUCGGCCAUGCGCGACGCCACGCUGCUGCACAACGACACCCUCCGCACGGUGCUCAAGAAGCACCGCGGCUACGAGGUGGUGUUCAUCCGCGACCGCAACUCGGGCGAGGGCUCGUUCUGCAUGGCCUUCCAGAACACCAUCGACGCGCUCAGCUGGUGCAUGGAGGUGCAGCAGGAGCUGCUCCAGGUCGAGUGGCCCGAGGCCCUGCUGGACCACCCGGGCGCGGCCGAGGAGUGGGGCGACACCGAUGACCGCGUGCUCUACAAGGGCCUGCGCGUGCGCAUGGGCGUCCACGUCGGCACCCCGCGCAUGGUGCGCGACCCUAUGACCCGGCGCGUCGAGUACAUCGGCCCGGCGGUCAACGCCGCGGCGCGCAUCACGGCGCUCACCCACGGCGGCCAGAUCCUGAUGAGUCACGCCGCCUUCUUAAAGGUAAAGGACACCGACUUGGCCCGGGAGACCAACCGCAUGGCCUCGCUGGGCAAGUUCGAGAUGCCCGACGCGCCCCAGGGCUCCAAGCUGUUCGAGCUCAAGGCCCGUGGGCUCGAGGGCCGCUUCUUCGGCGGCGUGUCCAAGGACAUCGAGCUGCCGUCCAACACCACCCCGUCGACCGGCUCCGGCUCGGACAAGGCGACCACGCCGCGCGGCAAGGGCAAGAAGAACGGCGACGACGACCAAAUCAAGGAUAUGAGCGCCGUGUCGGCGACGUCGAGCAACGGCGAGGUGCAGCAGUUCGUCGGCGAGGGAAUGAUGUUCAAGGAGGAUAACUUCCUCACGUCGGCCAACCUGUGCCGGUGGAUCAUCGACUACAACGAGAUCCAGGUGGGCAAGCAGAUCGGCCUCGGGUCGUACGGCGUGGUCUACCGCGGCAAGUGGAAGGGCGUCGAGGUGGCGGUGAAGCGGUUCAUCAAGCAGAAGCUGGACGAGCGGCGCAUGCUCGAGUUCCGCGCGGAGAUGGCCUUCCUGUCGGAGCUGCACCACCCCAACAUCGUGCUCUUCAUCGGCGCCUGCGUCAAGAAGCCCAACCUGUGCAUCGUGACCGAGUUCGUCAAGCAGGGCUCGCUCAAGGACAUCCUGGGCAACAACGCCAUCAAGCUCCCGUGGCGGCUCAAGCUCAAGGUGCUGCGAUCGGCGGUGCUGGGCAUCAACUACCUGCACUCGCUGCACCCGGUGAUCGUGCACCGCGACCUGAAGCCGUCGAACCUGCUGGUCGACGAGAACUGGAACGUGAAGGUGGCCGACUUCGGGUUCGCGCGCAUCAAGGAGGAGAACGCGACCAUGACCCGCUGCGGCACGCCCUGCUGGACCGCGCCCGAGGUCCUCCGCGGCGAGAAGUACGACGAGAAGGCCGACGUGUUCUCGUUCGGCGUGAUCAUGUGGGAGGUGCUGACGCGGAAGCAACCCUACGCCGGGCGCAACUUCAUGGGCGUCUCGCUCGACGUGCUCGAGGGCAAGCGGCCGCAGAUCCCCAACGACUGCCCACUCGACUUCAAGAAGAUGAUGAAGAAGUGCUGGCACGCCGAUGCGGCCAAGCGUCCGCUCGUCGAGGACGUGCUGGCCUACUUCGACAAGCAGGUCGGCGAUGAGGACAUCGAACACAUCGCCUAA